UCAAAGCCCUUCAUAAGUAUAAACCCUAAACCCCAAAACAGCACGAAUCUGCCAUUACUCCGCCGGAGAUGGCCGGUCCGUUGCUUCGCUCUCUCUGGUCCAACACCAGAAAGUCGCUCUUCCUUCCCUCCGUCCAGCCUUACGCGCACGCACCCGCCACUGGCCUUGCUCGUGCUUUCUCCUUGUCGGCGGCGCCAGCCACCGCUGAUGUGGCGGCUCCGAGCGGCGUGGUGGAUCCAAGCCGGCUGCGGAACGUGGCGGUGAUAGCACACGUCGACCACGGCAAGACCACGCUCAUGGACCGCCUCCUCCGCCAGUGCGGCUCCGACAUUCCCCACGAGCGGGCACUCGACUCUAUCAGCCUCGAGCGCGAGCGCGGCAUCACUAUCGCUUCCAAGGUUACAUCUGUUUCAUGGAAGCAAAAUGAGCUAAACAUGGUUGAUACACCUGGACAUGCUGAUUUUGGUGGUGAAGUUGAGCGUGUAGUUGGCAUGGUUGAGGGAGCAAUUCUGGUUGUAGAUGCUGGUGAAGGACCACUUGCACAAACAAAGUUUGUUCUUGCCAAAGCCUUGAAAAAUGGGUUACGUCCCAUACUCCUCCUGAACAAAGUAGACAGACCAGCAGUUUCUGAGGAAAGGUGCGAUGAAGUUGAGAGUCUGGUGUUUGAUCUUUUUGCAAAUCUUGGUGCUACAGAGGAGCAGUUAGACUUUCCUGUUCUCUAUGCUUCUGCUAAAGAAGGAUGGGCUUCAUCCAUCUUCACCAAAAGUCCUCCUGAUGAUGCAAAGAAUAUGUCCGAGUUGCUUGAUGCAAUUAUAAGACAUGUUCCACCACCAGCUGCAAGUCUUGAUACUCCCUUCCAGAUGAUGGUUUCUAUGAUGGAAAAAGACUUUUAUCUUGGACGAAUCUUGACUGGCCGCAUUUCUUCUGGAGUUAUUCAUGUUGGUGACCGAGUACAUGGACUUAAAAUGACAGAUUCAGGGAUUCAGAAAAUUGAAGAAGGAAAGGUUACAAAAUUGAUGAAAAAGAAGGGUACAAACAUUGUCCUAAUUGAUAGUGCUGGAGCUGGAGACAUCAUAUCAAUGGCUGGCUUGGCUAGUCCGUCGAUAGGACACACUGUUGCUAAUGCAGAGGUAAUGACUGCACUGCCCACUAUUGAACUGGAUCCUCCUACCAUUUCAAUGACUUUUGGUGUCAAUGAUUCUCCUUUAGCUGGUCGUGAUGGUUCCCAUUUGACUGGUGGAAAAAUUGGUGAUCGAUUAAUGGCUGAAGCAGAAACAAAUCUUGCCAUAAAUGUGAUUCCAGCUUUGUCAGAUUCAUAUGAAGUUCAGGGUCGUGGAGAGCUUCAAUUGGGAAUCUUGAUAGAGAAUAUGAGGCGUGAAGGAUUUGAGCUAUCUGUUUCACCCCCUAAAGUCAUGUAUAAAACUGAGAAGGGUGAAAAGCUGGAGCCAAUUGAAGAAGUGACUAUUGAGGUAAAUGAAGAGCAUGUGGGAUUAAUCAUGGAAGCCUUAUCUCACAGGCGGGCUGAAGUGACUGACAUGGGUCCUGUACCAGGAAAUGUUGGCAGAACUAGAAUGUCUUUGACUUGUCCAUCCAGGGGGCUGGUUGGUUACAGGAGUGUAUUCAGCAGUGAUACACGUGGCACUGGGUUUAUGCACCGCGCUUUCCUGACAUAUGAAAAAUAUCGAGGGCCUCUUGGAAAUGUCAGAAAAGGAGUACUGGUGUCCAUGGGCUAUGGAACAAUCACUUCUCAUGCACUAAUGAGUCUGGAAGCUCGUGGAACUCUCUUUGUGAACCCUGGGUUGGAGGCAUAUGAUGGCAUGAUUAUAGGUGAACAUUCACGAGAUACAGAUCUUGAUGUAAACCCUGUUAGAACUAAGGAACUUACCAAUGUACGGGCUGCUUCCAAGGAUGAGAAUGUGAGGCUAUCUCCCCCUCGCCUUAUGACCCUUGAAGAGGCAAUAGGCUAUGUUGCUUCAGAUGAACUCAUCGAGGUCACACCGAAAGCAAUACGGUUGAGGAAGAAAUACCUGGACGUAAACAAGCGCAAAGCGAUGAGGCAUAAGCCCAAGGACUGAAGCUGUUACUGGGAGGGAGGGGGAGGAUUAAUUUUUGACCAUUGAGUCUAUACGUACGUGGCUGUUAUACUUGGUUUUAUGUAUAAAUUUUCUUUUUUGAUAAUAUGGAUCCCACUUAAUUUGAUUAGGCCACACCUCAAUUUAGGAUUUAUAUAACUCCCAAGGUAUAAGUUUAUAUGUUGUUAUUCUUUCAAGGCAUUUACAGGCGAUCAAUGUUGUAUCCAAUUUAUAUGAAAUUCUGGGGAAUAAGAAAUUUAUUUAUGUUGACCUGAAAAAAUGACUGGUCGCAGUAGUAAUAUGA